CCAAAAAUAUGCAUGGAGUACUUUUAAUAGACAAUUUUCAUGCCCGAUGAGAAAUUGAUUUGAAGCAAUUUUUUUCAUAUCCGACCCUGAAACACAAUCUAUUUGGGGUGAUGGCAUUGGAGUGCUCAUCUGACUGCGAGUGUCCUAACUGUCUGGAAGAUGCUCAGAGUGAGUCUGACUGGAAUCUCUGUUCCAAAGCAAGAGAAAAUAGCUCCUUACAUUCAAGAUCAAGGAAGAAACCCCUGAUGCCUUUUGGCUUACAGACUUGUCCUCCCCAGUGUCACUUCACUAGGCCAGAGAAUGACACAGAUGACUCAACACCUCCUCCUCCGGAAGAAGAGGGCUCUGUUGGGUUUUCCCAACACAGUUCUCUCAGGCUGAGCCCUGACAACAUUCGAAGGAAACUCAAACCAUCAAGAGAGCUGACUGUCCAAGAUUUGCUGAGAGAGUUUGGGGUCAGUGGAAAACUCCCACCUAACUCCGUGUCUGUGGGUCACUUCAGAGAUCACGUGGUUUUGAAGUUCCGACGAGCUCUGUACUACUCUGGACUCUGGGUGUCCCAUGUCCAGGGCUACAGAUGUGAAAAUCACUUUUCAGCUAAAUAUUUUCAAAACAAUCCCGGUAGCCUGCGUCGCCUGGUUCCUUGGCUAAAACGGGAACUAAGAGCUGUCUAUGGGGAUUAUGGCUACACAGUGAAAAAUAUUCUAGCUGCCAUCCUCCAUCAUAUGACUGAAUAUGAUUUGGACAGUGAGUCUUUCAUUCACCUUUUGGAACCUUAUCUUCUACAGCAUACUCACCAUUUCCUCCAUGAGUUUAUCAGUUUUGUUAAUUCGCCUUACAACAUGAAGAUCUAUGACCAACGAGCCAUUUAUGAGUGUCCUUCUCUUUCAGCAUGGGAGAAAAAGAAAUCUGUUGCUUUAGAUCCUAUUUUGCCUUUGCUUAAAGACCAUGAAACCAUGAUGUCUCAGCAUGAUAAAAAGCAGUCUAAAAACAACCAAGGUCAGUGUAAGAAAGAAGUCAGGUCUGAGUCUCACUUGAAACAGUUUCCAAAUGGUAACUCUUUUUUGAAAAAUUUUGAUGUUCCACUAGUCCAUCACAAACAAGCAAGCAAAAUCCAUGUUUGGAGCAAAACUAAACCAGAAUCAGGCACAGAUUCUCCUGAUGAUGUGCCUCUAAGCUGGGCUAUGCAAAGAGAAAGUAGUCCAGGAAUGCUUACUUGCAAAAAGCAUAUUCAAGAGAAAAAUACCGAAGGGAUGAGGUUGCAACCCAGUCACAUUCAAGAUGUAAAGAAGACUGAAACAAUGGCACAGGCCUUCAGCUCUCCAGAAAUUUCUAAUCAGGAACAACUGCAGAAGUUCAAUCUAAGAGAAGGAAGGAUUUUGCACAGUGGCUCCCAGGCAAAUUUCCAGAAAAAACAAAUAGAAAAUACCAAAUCCUCAGAUUCCUCACCAAAAGUUUUUCAGAGGCUAUCCAGAGAAAGAGCCGUGAUAAACUGCAAACCUAGAAAGAGAGAUCCUUCUUGCAGUUGCAUCUCAGAAAAUUCCCUUUCUCCUAACAGAAAUGGUAGAAAGCUAAGUUCUUUCAGAAAGAAACCAUCAAAGCACAGACCUUCUUCCCGGUUUAUUGAAGGUGGUUUGCGUCACAGUAGAAGAACUGAAAGGCAAAGGAGAUCCAGUACUCAGAGAUCCAAAUCCUGGUGUGGACGCAGAAGAUCUGAAGGCAGAGAGUCAGUAGGUCAGGAAAUAAGUCACGGAUGUGGACCCUUAGCCCACAGUGUAGUGUGUGAGUCCCCAAAAGAAGAGAAUGUGCAUGGCCAUGAACCCAGCUAUAAGGAGGUCCCGUUCGCCCUGGUUCAAUCUCUGAAACUUUCCUCAGCAACUGAGAGGAGGCCCAAAUGUCCUUCUAAAGAUGACAGUACUUCCCAAACUCAGAGCCCCUGUAACAGUGCCUCCUGCCUAACUAUUGGGAAACAAAGAUCCCCCAGUAAAGGGGACAUGAAGCAAAAAGCCACGUUGCCUAGAGGUAGAAGAACCAGAAGAGUCAGACACCAGAGAAACAAAAGUCAGCAUUCAGAUAUAGAAACCAGAGGGGAAUUCAGUGAUGAUCCUGGAAUUCUGGAUGACACAGGGCUGAAGAGUGUUUUUUCUGAACGUGCAGCUUUCUGUAGGAGGCGUUGUUCCCAAUACCAGAGGUCUUCAGAAAUAUCAUAGAGUUAACAACAAAUGAAGAGGAGAUCUCA